AUGUCGCCGACAACCUGUGGAACGCGCACCUUGGGGGCGGCCGCCGCGGCGUGUUCCGCCCGUUCGGCGACACCGUGGCGAAGGCAUCGACUUCUUCAUCGACCAGGGCGCGCCGGACCACUACGAGGAGCUCGCCAGGCGUCUGUCCGGAUACAACCGGUACUACCGCGGCGCGCCGGGGUGAGGCUGACGGCGACGCCGCGGUGCGUGUACCCGGACUGGUACGUCCAGAGGGCGCUGGACACGGGGCUGUUCGAGCGGAUCCACGUCAGGUUCUACGGCGAAGACCGGUGCUCGUACAGCCACGUGCACAAAGACGGGGUGAUGGCGCAGUGGAGCAAGUGGACGGCGAGGUACCCCCGGAGCAAGGUGUACAUCGGGCUGCCGGCGGCGAACGUGCCCGGGACUGGGAGGAACGACGAGGUCGGCCUCAUGUCGAUGAACUACGACCUGAUGCGGUGA